GUUCCUGAGGAACUUGUGGGGUGCCAUGACAGGUCCCCAGGAGGCUAGAGGCGUCGCAGAAGUGCCUCAGCAGCGGCAGGCUGGAGAAGAUGUCGUCCCCGCCAACUAUGACGCUGACCUACAGAGCCUGAAGCACCGCAUUGAGGCGGCUAGUCAGACGGCCGCCUCGGACUCGGCCAUCUCUAACAAAAUCGCCCGAACUCGCGGACAAAAAAUACAAGGCGGGCAGGCGUUAGAGGAGCCUGCCCUCACCCGAGCCAUCUUCGCCAAGAAGAAGAUCAAGAAAAGCAAAUGGCCGAUCGUUUAUGGCGCCUUGAACGCUGGACUCGUGAUCGCCAUAAUCGCUCUCGCCAUCCCCUACUUCAAAGAAGGUCAAACUAUCGUCGACGAAUACGAAAGGAAAAAGAAAGAGGAAGAUGAAGAGCAGACAUUGUACGCAUUGUACGGUACCAGUACAGAGUACGAUGGGUAUGGUACUUACGCAGCAGCCACACCAUCGUAUGCUCAGCCGGUCUACGGCCUCGAGACUUACGAACACGAAGCUUACCCAGAGUCCUCUAAAUUUGGGGGCAAGGGGAAGGGCAAGAAAGGCGGUGGAACCAGGAACGGGGGACAAGUUCUCUAUGCACUUGCACCUGCUGCACCAGCUGUACCAGCAUCACCACCUGUUGUAGAUAUAUCGGCUGCACCAGCUGUACCUGCUGUAUCAACAGUACCAGUUGUAUCAGCUUCACCCUAUUCGUACGGUGACGAUGGUGAACUCAGCAGCCACACGAUGGUCUUCCACGAUGUGGAUGAGGCGGCGUAUUCAGCGUACGGAGCUGCAGACGGCACUGAACACCACCUCAACUACGUCUCUCUCGAUGGAGAAGCUCCCUUGUCGGCCCACGCUAAUGAGCGCCCACUCAACGAACUCAAUUAUUAUAAUCCUACUGUGUUCACGUCCCCCGAGCCGUCCUCCUACAGCUGUCUGGAGCGCAUGGUGUGUCGCGACCCUAGCCGCACCAGCCGCGCUCUCCACGCUCUCAGCGGGGAAAAGCUGACCGAACCUUCGAGCUGGCAGACAGUUGUGGACCGCAUCGACAAGGCUGCCAAGGUCGGGUUGGAUUCUGGGGAUUGCGAUAUCUAUUACUGCCCUCCCCAACUCCCUAAUAGCGAAAUAUUCGAACGUGGGGAAAACUAUUCACCACCGCCAGCCGAUUAUAACUUUGGGGAAGUUCAUGACGCUAAAACCCCUUAUCCAUAUGACUAUGGAAAAAUAGAAGAAUCUGCUUUAAAUGCUGAAAAGUACGACACUGGGAUCAUUCCUCAUGAUUUUGGAUUCCAGAAGUCAAGUUCAAAAGACUAUUCACCACCGCCAGCCGGUUAUAACUUUGGGGAACUCCAAGAUGCUAAAACCCCUUAUCCAAAUGACUAUGGAAUAGGAGAAUCUGGUUCAAAGGCUAAAAAGUACGACGCUGGGAUCAUUUCUCAUGAUUUUGGAUUCCAAAAGUCGGCAUCAGAAGAUGGAAACUACGAAGGUAUAGGCCAAGUAUUCUCUGUCGAGUAUUUCCCUGAAACAGAUUCGUCCAGCCGAAAUAACAAAGUGGUUGUCGGUCAAGUCAGCCAUGCGCCAUACGUCGUGACAGCUCAACCUAUUCAUCGUGGGACACCCAGAAUGGACUUUUCUGCCUCUGAAACCUCCAAUACACUCGCAAGAGGAGACGCUAACAUACGAAAAGAAAACCCUGAAGUACCAGAAAAGAAUCCCGGCAAUAUGUUCCAGCUUGGAAAUGUUCUUGCUUCAUCUGGAAUACUAGGACCCAGAGCAAGCAUUGUUCAGUUGAUCCAGGCUCCGAAAAUCAGAACGGCUCCUUACCACAAGAAAGUAUCGGUCAAAUCCCAGACCGAUAAAGAUCCUAGCCCCGCACGAGCGCCUGUCGUUUUUGGAUCAAGCAGCGUUGUGACCGCCAACAAUAACAGAAAUGAGACUAAUAUUCGACGAGCAAAAUCAGAAGUGCCAAAUUCUCCUCCUGAAAAUGGACAAGCACUCAUAGAUGAAGACAAAACGUCUGAAAUUAUCAAGAUGGAAUCGCGACCUACGGAAGUUCCCACAACUUCUGAGGCUACUACGUCGGACGAAACAACCACAAUGUUUUUCGCUGCAGAAAAUGCGUGAGCAUCCGUUAAUUUGAUACGAACACUAAAAAACGCCUGAUCACGGACAACAUGCGUCCAUUUUUUAAACUAAGUCACCACUGAAAAUGUACACACUCGUCCAGACAUUUUCAUUUGAUCUUAUCUGACUAGACACAGAUAGAAAUUGUCUAGCCGAGCUGAUGUUCGCCCUGUACAUUGUCUUUUUUUUAUUUAAUGUUUUCACGCAUUUUUUCGUGAAAGAUCGGUUAGAUCUUAGUUUCCGUUGAGGAUAGACAAGAUCUUGGUUUCUGGUGAACAUAGGUAAGAUCUUGAUUUCUCGUGUUUUGACGCAUUGAAAACCAAAAGAAGUACGUCGACUUCUGAAGCCUUAUAGAAAAAAUAUAUUUCCAUUUUUUAAAAGGUAUCAACCUAAUGACGUUAUAGAAAUAAAUGUCAAUUGAGAGGGAUGAUUGUUGAAGCGGUAUAAGUGGUAUCACAUUUUAGUGACCGAUGGCCCUACGAUGAGUGGCUGCGAUCAACGGUGAUUGUAACGACGAUUGUUUUGGUGAUUUGUAAUUGAUGAUUGUUAUGGUGAUUGGUAAGACUGCUCGCGAUUGGCCAACAUGAAUGAGCCGACUAUUCAUUAUAAUAGUUGACAGUGAGGCUCGAUCCUAUCCUGCAAUUCUACUACCACUUAGGACUCCAACGCCGCUGAGUUCUUUCUUACGGUAAGGUGGACACUGGAUCUCCCCUGUUCACUCAAAAAUGUUUCAUGUUGUCUAAAUAAUGACACGCUUACUUGCCCACAGUACGAGCAAAGAGAGGACGUAGCACUGAUACGCUACGUUGUCAGGCCAAAUUUGCUCAGAAUGACCUAAUCUAUAGCAAUAAAUUGCAUCGCUAUUUGGAAUAUGACUCCUUUCUAGCUGGGUGAUCGCGCCGGCCUGUGGAAGGUACAGAAAUUCAUUCACAGGAAUGAAUGGAACUUUGUCCUAAUAGCGAUAAACUUUUUGCCUUCUAUAUGUCAUCUUGACCCAGUCAAGAGAGUGAAUGGAUAAUAUGGCCCAUUACAUUUUUCAUGAAUUUAGACUGGCCAUGAUGAUCUAUUCAAAAGGCAAUAUUAAGGCGUCGAUGUCCGGGAUAAUAAUCACGUGCCACCCUGAUUAAUAUAUCUCAUACCAUCAACCUGAGUCAGUAAUUCGAUGACUAUGUAAAGUAAAAAUACUUUCUAUCUUAAGAAAUGGGUGGUAAAGACAAGAUUCAUUACAUAGGUACAGGUGUACAGGUACAAAGCUAACACCUUCGACUGUUAUAUGUGAGGGAUAAGUAAAGAUACAUUCUAUCUUAAGAUAUGGUGGCAAAGACAACAGCCUUUACAUAGGUACAGGUACACAGCUAAUACCUUCGACCGUUAUAUGUGAGAGAUAAGUAAAGAUACCUUCUAUCUAGAAAUGGGUGGUAAAGACAACGGACUUUGCAUAGGUACAGGUACACAGCUCACACCUUCGACCGUAAUAUGUGAGCGAUAAGUAGAGAUACCUUCUAUCUUAAGAAAUGGGUGGUAAAGACAACAGUCAUUACAUAAGUACAGGUACACAGCUAAUACCUUCGACCGUUAUAUGUGAGAGAUAAGUAAAGAUACCUUUUAUCUUAAGAAAUGGGUGGUAAAGACAACAGUCAUUACAUAGGUACAGGUACACGACUAACAUCUUCUACUGUCAGGUCGGAGUAACUCCCGCUAUGAGUGCUACAUCGCUGCGGUUGUGCAAGCCACUGGAGGAGGGACUUAUUAAAGUGCCUAGAGCUUCUGUUACAGACUUGGGCUUUCGCCCACAGAGGGCGGUCUCGCUUACGUGAUGUUGAUGCUGACUCAGUGUCUAGCAUUCCAUCUAACUCAGUCCCGUAUAUUGCAUAUUAUCUGAUUGUAUAUUUUUUCAAUUGCAUAUUAUCUCAAUUGCAUAUUAUCUGAUUGUCAUAUUAUUUAAACGUAUAAUCUAGUAAGAAUGAAAUGCUGCUGAGGGAAAAUCGCCUGGUAUUUAAUAAGAUGUUUUGCAACGUGUUGGAGAUAACUAGUUUCAAUUAGCUUCGCUGGAAAUUAUAUACUAUUCACACUAUGAUGGGAUAUUGUUUACAAAUCAAUUGUAUUUUAUUAUAAGAUUCUUGAUGUUAUAGCUUGCGUGACAAACAGCGCACGCGUUGUCUGGGGCAUAUGUUUGACCUGCGGCUUCCUGUUGUGUGUGUUCAUAUGAUAUAAAAUAGUCAAUAGGUUUUCAGUUAUUGUUAUGUUUGUAGAUUUUAUUUAUUUAUUAUUGCCUUAAUUGUUACGAGGAGCUGAUGAUACUAACACUCAUUUAUGAACAAGUGAGCUUGAUGGUACGCUUAGUAAAUAAAUGAAUUUUAUUGUCAAAAUAAUGACUAACUUUUUGCACGUAGCUCUGAAAAGCCUCUUCAUUACCCCUCUUCAUUACGCGCUUCAUUUACCUCUUGAUUACCCUUUUCAUUACCCUCAUCAUUACCCUCUUCAUUACCCUCCUCAUUGCCCUCUUCAUUACCCUCUUCAUUACGCGCCUCAUUAUGCGCUUCAUUUACCUCUUGAUUACCCUUUUCAUUACCCUCCUCAUUACCCUCUUCAUUCCCUCUUCAUUGUCCUCUUCAUUACAAUUUUCAUUACCCUCUUAAUUACCCUCCAAAUAACACUCCAUAUUACUCUCUUCAUUAACCUCGUAAUUAUACUCCUCAUUACCCUCUCCAUUACUUUCUUUAUUACCUUCUUAUUUACGCUCUUCCUUACACUUGAUUACUCUCUCCAUUUACCGCUUUAUUAUCCUCCUAAUAACCCUCUUCAUUACCCUCUUUCUGGCUGCAUCGUCGGACCGUCCUAAAUAAUAUAGAUUGAUUAAAUAAUAUAGAUUGACUCAACUGAAAUUUUUAUUCAUUUCAUGUAUACAUAAUUUAUUUUAUGCAGUAUUUAUUUGAGUUCAUUCUUGAGAUUAAAGUUUGUAUUCAUCAUACAUCACUAAUUUCUACAUAUAUUAUUUAUCAACAAAUUGUAAGGGAAUA